AGUUAUUCUUAGAGCCCUAAUAAUCAUUUUUUUUUACUGUAAGAACUACGAAAGCUUUCAAGAAUGCCGCAGGUGAAGAUCAUUGCGAAGAAUUUCAUGGACAUGGUUGCCGCUUUACCUGCGUUGAAGCUCGACAAGCUAUACGAUAACGGUUUCAUUUGCGAAGCUGUUCUCAGGUCUUUGCCACCUCUUGCCAAGAAGUAUGUUUUGCAAAUGUUGUACGUCGAUAUCCCAAUAACUGCAAAGUCAAUGGAGGAGUGGGUGCUUGCUGAAGGGCUCUCCAAGCAUAAAAAUGCGAUAGAUCGGUUAAUUCAAUUGAGAGUAUUUCUUGAGACUGACAGGAAAAAAGAGAUGAGUUACAUAUUAAAUCCGAAGUUUCAGAGUAAUGUUCAAAAGUAUUUAAUAUAUGGUGGUGUUUCACCUAGGGAACCCAUGCCUUCAAGUGUCACUGUGAGGCUCCCAAGUUUGGAGGAACUAGAGGCUUAUGCACUUGAGCAAUGGGAGUGCUUCUUGCUGCAACUUAUUAGCCCAUCCCAAGCUGGAAAGACAACAAACUUCAGCUCUUCUGUGAUGAAAGUUUUCCAGCGAGGUCUUAUAAGUCAGAGAGAGAAAGAAGCUCCAAGGUUGACCGAGAAUGGCUUCCAGUUCUUACUGAUGGAUACAAAUGCACAACUUUGGUACAUAAUCAGGGAAUACAUCUCCAGUUCUGAGGAUAGAGGUGUUGAUCCUGCAGAUUUGAUUUCAUUUCUGUUGGAGCUUAGCUUCCAUGUCGCAGGGGAGGCCUAUAAUUUAAACACCUUGACUGAUGUACAAAGAAACACUUUUAGGGAUCUUGCAGACUUGGGGCUAGUCAAACUUCAGCAGGGACGGAAAGAGGGUUGGUUCAUUCCUACUAAAUUAGCGACAAAUCUUUCUGUUAGCUUGUCAGAUUCAUCAUCACGCAAACAGGGAUUCAUAGUUGUGGAGACAAACUUUAGGAUGUAUGCUUAUUCAUCUUCUAAGUUGCAUUGUGAGAUUUUGCGCCUUUUCUCAAGGGUUGAGUAUCAACUUCCAAAUCUUAUAGUUGCAGCAAUAACAAAAGAAAGCUUGUACAGUGCAUUUCAAAAUGGCAUUACAUCUGAGCAGAUAAUUUCUUUCCUUCAGCAGAAUGCACAUCCUCGUGUUGCAGAGAGAACUCCAACUGUACCAGAGAAUGUUACAGAUCAGAUUAGGCUAUGGGAAACCGACCUGAACAGAGUUGAGAUGACUCCUGCACAUCUCUAUGAUGAAUUCCCCUCCAAAGAGGUUUUUGAAGCCGCUUGUGAUUAUGCAAGAGAUAAUGGUGGAUUGUUAUGGGAAGAUCAUAAAAGAAUGCGUGUAGUUGUCAAGGGAGAGAUACACAUGCAGAUGCGGGAGUAUCUCCGCCGCCAAAAGCAAUAGUCACGACUCACAUGUGCCUUCUUUAAUCUCAGCACAAUAUUUUGGAUGGAAAUUCUAGAGUAAAUUUUGCCAUAACCGAGGGGAAGCAACAACCUUCUUGUUUUUCGUGUUUAACGAAGGUUAUUGGAGUUGGGGCUAUGUAUCGUCUCUCAUAUUUUUGUACUUUGAAGAGAAGAAAAUGAGGUGUUAACCUCUCCAUUUUUGGAUGUUAGGGAAAUGUGAGAAGACCUUGAAUAUUAAGUGUUAUCAAUUGGUUCAGUCUAUUGUAUUGGGAUAGGGUUGUAUGGUGUCUAAAGCAGAUUCACUGCCAUUUUUCAUGGCUUAAGAUGGUAAAGGAAUGAUCCAUUGUUAACUUGUUACACAGAAACAGAUUUUUGUUGUAA